AUGAGGAGGGAGAACCUGACUAGCAUGUCCGAGUUCCUCCUCCUGGGGCUCUCCAUCCAGCCAGAGCAGCAAGGCAUGUUCUUUGCCCUGUUUCUGGGCGUGUACCUGACCACAGUGCUGGCGAACCUGCUCAUCAUGCUGCUCAUCCGGCUGGACUCUCGCUUCCACACCCCCAUGUACUUCUUUCUCAGCCAUUUGGCCUUCUCUGAUAUUUCCCUUUCAUCUACCACAGUUCCCAAAAUGUUGAUGAAUAUGCAAGCUCAGCAACAAUCCAUCUCUUAUGUGGGGUGCGUUUCUCAGAUGUAUUUUUUUGUACUUUUUGGCUGUCUUGACAAUUUUCUUCUUGCAGUGAUGGCAUACGACAGGUAUGUGGCUAUUUGUCACCCACUGAGCUAUAUCAUUGUCAUGCGGGAGGAACUGUGUAUCUGGUUAGUAGGCGGGUCUUGGUUUUUCUGUUGUGUCCAUGCCCUGCUGCACACCCUCCUCUUGGUCCAACUUUCCUUCUGUGCUGAUAAUACCAUCUUCCAUUUCUUCUGUGACCUUACUGCCCUCCUGAAGCUAAGCUGCUCAGACAUCUCCCUCAAUAAGCUGGUCAUCUUUACUGAGGGAGGAAUGCUUUUUAUCCUGCCUUUGAGUAGUAUCUUGGGCUCUUAUAUCCGUAUAGGAACCAGUGUCCUAAAGGGCCCCUCUGCUAAAAGAUUCCUUAAAAUAUUUUCUACCUGUGGCUCCCAUCUCUUUGUGGUGUCUUUAUACUAUGGAACACUUGCAGGUGUUUACUUCUUCUCUUCAUUACGGAACUCCAGUGACAAGGACAUCAUUGCUUCUGUCAUUUAUACAAUAGUUACUCCCAUGCUGAACCCCUUCAUCUAUAGCCUGAGGAACAGAGAUAUAAAAGAGGCUCUAGAAAUAUUUGUCAAAAGGGUUAACUUUUUAAAGUGA